GCGUCGCGCACAAUAUACCCGGAAACGCCAGUGAAUCAGUUCCAGCCGCCAGUUGUGGACUUUGAUCAUUUCUUUGCCGGUUUUGGGAUGCAUUUAGGCGCACGGAUCCUGUCACGGUUGGUGGCGUUCGUCGCCUGCUGCCAGACAGUCACCGCACAGUUCAACGCCUGCUCCGGUGGUGAAAUGUGCAUAAAUAUUCGUGACUGUGACCGUUUCAGUCCGCACCACAGCGAGCCGGGCAAGUGGUCGGCGAGCUUGAGGAAUGAAUUUCGGCAGCGGGUCUGUCAGCGUGAAAAAAACAACGGUAUCAGUAUAUUCAAGGUUUGUUGUGAUGUACCGGCCGUGCAGGCGGAUGAGGGUGCCCGCAAGCUAGGCUUAGAGUUGCUGGACCUGGAACGUUGUGGGUCGUACACGGACGAUAAGAUUUCGUUCGGACAGGAUGCUAAGCUGUUCCAGUUUCCGUGGAUGGCGUUGCUUAGGGGUAAAGUUGGGAGCUUUUUCUGCGGAGGAACGCUGAUCAACGAUCGUUACGUGCUGACGGCGGCACAUUGUAUCGUGAACAAUGAUGUCUCCUUCGUACGACUUGGCGAGUACGAUCUCAACAGUACGAUCGAUUGCGAUAAGCAUGGUGAGUGUGCGAUGCCACCGCAAGACAUACCGGUGGAGCGUACCUUCAGCCACCAGGAUUACAGUGGUCGGUUCAAGAUGAACGAUAUUGGACUGAUCCGGCUAGCACGACGAGUAGCGCUGAACGAUAAUGUACUUCCAAUCUGUCUCCCGGUAACUCCGGCCUUCGGUACGAAACAGACGACCUUUUUCGUGGUCGGCUGGGGUCAAACACAGAACGCACUGUUCUCCAACAAGCUGCAGUACACCAAGCUUAGCUUGGUGGCGAACGACGAGUGUCAGAAGCAGCUGCGCCAGAAGGACAAGUUUGUGCGCAUCUUCGACAGCCAGCUGUGUGCGAUCGGGGCCGAUCUGUCCGACAACUGUUCGGGUGAUUCGGGCGGUCCGCUAAAGUCGAUCAGCGUUCAACACUCGCGCUACGUCCAGUACGGUGUGGUAUCGUUCGGUUUGCGGACCUGUGGCAAGCAGAGCGCGCCGGGUGUGUACACGAAGGUGGAAAACUAUAUCGACUGGAUCUUGAGCCGGAUGGAAGAGUGAAGUUUAAGCAAAGUGGACGAUAUUAAAUCACAGCUAACCUUAGUGGAUGCAGUAGUACUGCAGAUAGGGAAUAAUUUUAGAGCUAUGCACUGUUGUUUUACGGUUAAGAAGAGCAUCUUACUAAACAGAGAAAUUAAUAUGUAAGAGGCAUGUCACAGCGUAAAAUUCUUUUUAAACACUUGUAAUUGUCAUUAUAAUAAAAAGCAAAAUCAGCAAUAUAAAAUAAUUGGUUUUCAAACUA